AAAAUAUAGACGUUAGAGUUACGGCAAACAUAUAGGCGAUUGCCAAGUGAAUAAAUUAAAUGGCGCCGCGAAUGUGUCCCCUCUCCCCUAAUUUUUAGCUGUUUCUAUUUAUUGCGUACCAAAUCCCUAAUUUAUGGAGUUUCUUUUACCGAUCUUACUGGAAUUUUCCGUGUAAUUGAUGCUUAUAGUCGCGCUUUCUCGUUCUUGUUGAUUGCAGUGUAGUGUUGCGUUUGGUGAAGAAUUGUCGUGCAGAGUGGUUGCAAAGAGGCGCUGGUUUAUUUGAGGAUUGAAUUUGAAUUGGGCGUUGGAAUGAUCGAGAAUGAUUUAUGGAGUUGAUGGUGUCAUAUGAUUCUUUCUCUAGAUUAAUGACAAGUUUUUUUGUAUAAAUUUUACUUGACUGUGAUUUAGUGUCCUGUGUCCACAAUUUUGGAAAUGGCUAUUGCUGGGCUGCACAAUGUAUCUGCAUUUGGCCCUUCAUUUUUUGGGGAGGGCCGACGGGAACAGCCGAGCACCCGGGCAUCCACGCUCUUGCAAAUAUGGCGAGAAAUUGAGGGUGAACAUGCGGUGAAUCAAUCUUAUAGAUCAAGGCAGCCUAGAAAUGGUUCAGAUUCUGAGUGUUUGAGCACUUCCACAUCUUUUGAAAGAGGAAGUGAUAAUGGAGAUGAUAUUUCUCAGCAUUCUGAUGAAUCAGAGAAUCAAGGUUUUACUGGAUCAGAGAUGGAUCCAGGGGAAAAUGGUAGUAUUGCAUCUGAACAAUCUAGUGAUUUGGGGGAGAUUGAAAGGGAAAGAGUGAGGCAAAUUUUUCGAGAAUGGAUGAAUAGUGGUUCGAAAGGGCCUCCAUCGUAUGAGUUAAAUCUUAACAACUGUUCGGGUCAAUGGCUUGGUGAGACUGAGUGUCAAAGAGUGAGAAUUAUCAGGGAAUGGGUGCAAGCAAAUGCACAGCAACGAAACAAUUGUGGAUCAGUAAGAGAUGGAGUUGCUCAAUCUGGCUCUCAGCUCGAGCAGGUGCGCGAUGGGUUAGCUAUCAGUCAUUCUGAGAUUGGCCAGCGAAAGCACAUUCGAAGGCUGUGUGGUAGACAAACACUGCUUGAUCUUCUUCUUAGGGCUCAGAGUGAAAGAAAAAAUGAACUUGUAGCCUUGUCUGGGCGGAGGCCAGUUUCUGAUUUUGCUCAUCGUAAUCGAAUUCAGGCCCUACUCAGAGGUCGAUUCCUACGGGACCAAAGUUCAGUAAUUCAUGAGAGAACAUCAUCACACGCUGCCACUGAAUUGAGUUUGCUGAGGCAAAGACAUACGGUUUCAGAUCUUAGGGAAGAAUUUCUGUCCAAGUUGGAAAAUUCUGCCUCGGCUUCAGCCAACACUGCUAAAUGUGAUUGCUCCUCCAUUGGUGACAAUAAUGAGGAAUCAGACUCUCCGAGAACCCGAAGGGAAGUCGCAAGACUAUUGAAUUUACAAACUGUUUCAGAUGUAAUCACAAGCCCUCAUGAACAGGCAACUGAGACAGAGGAUCAUGGCUUCGACAACGACGGAAGAGAGCAAGAAAGAUCGAACAAUGGAAGUGCCAGUUGUGUCGAAGAACCUGCUUCAGCUAUGCAACAAGAAGUAUUCACUGCUGAUGCUAAUAGUAACAGAGAUGAACUGAUCAAUGCCGUUUCUAAUGAAACUUCGACAGAGUCUGAGGGAAUACAUUCUAAUGGCCAUGGUCGUUCAGAAAGAAAUGUCAAUGAAGAAGCUGAUGAUCUGCACGAUCCAAUAUCACCGUUAGAAGAGUUCCAAGAGCCUGGAAUCGAGACUCCAGACAGUUCCCGGCAACAAGUAGAUACAGUUGCAUCUACCGAACUGGUUAACCCCACAGAAGUGGCAGUCGGUAGUUUGGGGGAAAGCACGAGCAAUCAAUGGUCUCCCGGAACAUCUCAAAACAAUGGCGAGGAGCACCAAGAUCAGGUGCAAGAAUCACAUGGAGACUGGCCAAGCCAAGAUUUUGAGGAAGCUAUCGACAAUUGGCUAGAUGAUACCCCUACGAGAGCAGAAAGCGAAUCGUUUGGAAGAACUGAUCCUACUUAUUAUUUCCCUGAUGACGACAACGCCCACUCGAUGGAACUGAGGGAGCUUUUUAGCCGGAGACGUGUCUCCAGUCUCCUCGGUAGUGGCUUCCGCGAGAGCCUAAAUCAGGUGCUACAGUCGCACGUCGAAAGGCUAGGUCAUGCUUCUGACGAUUGGGAACUGGAAAAUUCACCUCCGGAACAAGAUCAGGAGCAACUCACUGGUGAUCAAAAUCUACCUCCAACUGACAACUCCGAAAGAAAUCAAUUCGCGCCAUCUUCGAACUAUUUUACGUCUGAGAUACUCUGGGGCGCGGAGCUGCAGCCUGCAAGUUGGCCACGACACAUCUCGAAUCAGCAAUUGGGAACGGAGUGGGAGGUAAUCAAUGAGCUGAGACUCGACAUGGCGAGGCUUCAACAGAGGAUGGACAACAUGCAAAGCAUGCUCGAAGCGUGCAUGGACAUGCAAAUAGAGUUGCAACGAGCCGUGCGUCAGGAGGUUUCUGCUGCAUUAAAUCGCUCUACUUUCGCAACAGACGCUGGGCAGCAGCAGCAGCGGCAAGUUCAUGACGGUGAGUCCCAAUGGGAUCAUGUGAGGAAAGGAAUUUGCUGUCUAUGCCAGGACAGUAAAAUCAAUUCCCUUCUUUACAGAUGUGGGCACAUGUGUAGCUGUUCAAAAUGUGCAGAAAAUCUUGUCCGGGAGAAGGGGAAAUGCCCAAUGUGUGAAGCUCCUGUGGUUGAAGUGGUGAGAGCUUAUUUUGUGCAGUGACUUCCUGAUAUAUAUAUAUAUAUAUAUAUAAUUUACUGAAAGGUGUUACCGGGAAUGUGCCAUGUCUCUUACUAUAUAACUAUAUAACUAUAUAUAUAUAUUGGCCAAUUGAUCUAUUGGUGACGAAGGGAGAGGAGAGGAUACUGAUUUGUUAUUUAUUACUUAAAUAUACACAGAUUGACUGAUUU